AAUGACCGACCAAUAGAAUCAUCUUAUGAGUUUAAAAAAUGUGGCUUGGCGAUUAGAUCCCUUGCCACAAUUUAUAGUGUCCCUCACCAACUUGUAGUACUCCAGCCUUCAGCAAGCCAAGGGCAAUCAUGACAGCCACCAUGAAAAUCAUGAAAAGCAUGAAAAGCAUGACAAUGUACUCGAGUACAAUGUAUGAGAUAUCCGAUACCUGAUACCGAUACCUGAUACUUGACCAUCCAUCGCUCAUCAGUGCUCAUCCAUCCAUUUCCAUUUCCAUUUCCAUUUCCAUAUCCAGAUACCCCGAGUAUACUGCCUCUCUGCAAAUCGGAAAAUGAGAAUUCGAUAAGACUUAUUACCCAUCCGCCUGCGAUAUUUCCCUUCGGUUUUCCCUUCGAGGUUCUCUCCCACUAUCUUUUUUGUACUACGCGAUAAGGUACACUAAAUCCCGUGGGCUGAAAACUUUCGAGAAAAGUCGUUGGAGAUAGAACAAUACAAAGAUAUCCGGGCUUUUACUCAUUCGCAGAUGGCAUCUCCUACCAAUACCCACAGUGCCAAUGGCAAUGAUCUCGACACAAUGAUCCCUUCUUCUUCUGCAGCGUUAUCCCCUACGCCUACAGCUCUUACAUCUCCUCUUCCAAAUAUUACUCCUAUCAUGUCCUGUGAUAGCCUCGAAACUGCAUACAAUGCAGAUCCAUACUCUCUUCUCAACUCCAAAAAGGAAGAUGUAAGCAUUGCCACGCUUCGCACACAACAUCCAGAUCAAAAACGAACACGAAAGGUCAAAAAGAUCAAGAGUUUUUAUAAUAGACAGAAUGCUUUGAUCGAUGCAUAUCUAGCGAGUAAUAAUGAAGAAGCUGCAGAGGUUGAAGAUGGACUUCAAAAUGGUGGAAAGAUCAGAUUCGCUAUCUAUGCUAGUUCUACCGUCAACUUUUGCCUGUUCAUCAUACAAGUCUUUGCCGCCGUCUCGACGGGAAGUUUGGCACUGUUCGCCACUGCUGCGGAUGCUUUUGUAAGUUUCCAACUUGGGAACGGAGGCCGCCGUUGAAAGACUAAUUCCAUGAUUAGAUGGAUUUGGUCAGUUCUAUAGUGAUGUUAAUCACUUCGCGGAUAGCCGCCAAACCCAACAUUACAAAGUUCCCGGUUGUGAGUAACGUCUUUUAGUAGAAGAAGUAUUCUCAUCUCACACUUUUCUUAGGGUCGCAAACGAGUCGAAACUGUGGGAAUCAUCCUCUUCUGCGCCCUUAUGACUACAGUCUCCGUAGAAUUGAUUAUCGAAUCGGCUCGAAGCUUAGCUGAUGGUCCAAAGGAGAACGAAACUCUCAAACCUAUUCCUCUCGUCUGCGUGGGUGUUGCUAUCUUUUCCAAGGCUGUCCUAUUCGUAUACUGCUUUACCCUACGUCGUUACCCAACUUGCGCAAUCUUCAUGUUGGAUCAUCGAAAUGAUAUCGUGGUUAACAGUUUUGGUUUGAUUAUGUCCAUUGUGGGUACCAAGUAUGCAAAAGUUUGGUUCUUGGAUCCAGCUGGUGCUAUCGCUAUUGCAUUCUUGAUAUUGUUUUCAUGGGCAUCAACUGCUUUUGAACACAUGUGGCUUUUAGUUGGCAAAAGUGCUCCGCAAGAAUUUUUGAACAAGCUUGUAUAUGUUGCAGUUACACACGACCCUAGGAUCCUAAAGAUUGAUACUGUAAGGAGGGAUUCUAUUCUGCUACUUGACUAUUGCUAAUCCCUGACACAAGGCAAGAGCAUAUUCUGCUGGUGAGAAAUACUAUGUCGAAGUCGAUAUUAUCAUGGGACAAGAAGAAACAUUGAAAGUCACGCAUGAUGUUUCCCAAACUCUACAAAGAAAGCUUGAGGGUAGGUCUAUCGUGGCACGAUAGUAUCUGAAAAGACGCUAACAGAAACAGGGUUGGCGGAUGUCGAAAGAGCCUUCGUGCAUGUCGAUUAUGAUGAUUUACAUGAUAUAUUUGAGGAACAUAAGCCACUUUAUGAGAUUCAAGGACCUAAAGUUCCAAUAUACGAGCGUGUGAGAGAAAGGUUCAAGAGGCAACCAUCUGGAAGAGAAGGGGGUGAUGUCGCGAUGCCGACAUCUUGAGUAUGUCGAACGAGAGGGAAGUUCAAGGAUAAUUGGGGAUUGACCUGACAGUUGGAGCCCCGCUUGAAUUUUAGCCACAACACGGUGCUGGAGGUUAGACUUGGUAUUGUGAUAGGGGGAAAGGGAUCCUUUCCCGCCUUGAGUAUCUCACAUUUCAGUGAAAAUCGUUUACCUGCAAAUCAUUGCGGGGCAAAUUUCUUUUUCAGAGCAUUUUCGAAAUAUGGAUGACGCCGUACCUCUGUCAGAAAUGUUCUCAGGGUCAUCAUUGGAAGAAAAUUGCUUUGGCCUGCGCGUUGUUCUUAGCCUUGCACCGAGUGGCUGGAGAAGGGGGGAGGGGUCCGAGGAAGCCCAUGCGACUCAGACGAUGUAUGGGUGGCCGUGCGAGGCUCACUUACACCUAGGUUCAUUGGACCAUUGCAGAAAUCACAUUUUAGUUGCCGUGUGAAUCGAAUGGCGGAGCUCGUGGAUGAAUAGAGCGGCUGGGAUUGAUUGCGUGAGAAGAUAUGAAGACUUACAGCUUUCGACCUGAAAAUUUAUAUGCGCCUUGGCCCGAGAAUUUUUUACUUUAUGGGGAUGAAAGGGAAAAUUCAAGGUGGAUGUUUUUGAAUGGCAAUAAGAUUUGUUUUUUUAUCUACAUAUUGUGGAGCUGUCUUGAUUGAAGAUGGAAUUAUUUUGUGAUAUUAAUAGAUGCAUAGAUACCUUGGAAUUUUACUGCAAAGCAUAGGAAAUGAAUAGUAAGAAGCUUCGGAAAGGCUUUUGUCAAGACUUUUUGUUUAUGGCUUUAACUGGAUGAAAUGAAAAAGGUAGUUGUGAGAUGUAGAUGAC